UUUACAAAAUGGUUUGUAGAUCGUUUCAGUCUUAAGUGUGCAUUUAUGUGGACUUUCCUCAAAAACACAUUUUCCACUGCUGCUUUUGUCUUUAAUCAGAUAGUCAUAAGCUUGCUGAUUUCGAAUCACUGAAUGAGAAGCACAUCAUGGUUUCAAAGACACUGGCGGCUCAAGAGAUCAACAGCACAGUUAUGAUAAGAGCAUUAGAGGAACUUAAAACCAACUACACCAGAGUAAGAGAACAGUUUCUGCUUCAUGUUGCCAUGAAGAAAGAGUUUAAUGAUCUUACAGCCAGAUACGACACACUUCGAGAACGGCUGUCCUUUUAUGAUGCUCAGACUUGUGGUAUCUCUGUGAAUGGCUGGAUUGCUUGUCGUGGAAAGCUGUAUUUAUUCAGCUCUGAUAAACUGAACUGGACGAGCAGUCGAGAUGUCUGUGUUUCAAAAGGAGCCGAUCUGGUGACCAUAACCAGCCAAUCAGAACAGGAUUUUCUGGUGUCUAAAAUUAACAAGACGCACUGGAUUGGUCUCAAUGAUCUGGACACUGAAGGACACUGGGUUUGGGUGAAUAACCAAACUCUCACUGACACUGGAGCACAGUUCUGGUUCACUGGCGGGCCGAGAGAACCUGAUAACUGGAGAGUACAGGAUCCGUCUGGAGAGAACUGUGCUAGUCUGGGAGAUGGGAAUGGCAAUUUUCAAUCUUGGUUUGAUGCUUCUUGUAAAACAGUAAAAAAGUUUAUCUGUGAAAAGAAAUAUUAAUUUACCUCCAUCAGUGAUACUGUUACAUGUCAGUUUGUUUUUGGACUUCUUUCUGUUUGUAUUUGUUCAGUUUCUCGCCACUCCUUUGUUUCCAUGGUCACUGUCA